UGGGUGCGCAAAGACGUGUCUACUAUGCAGCCUACUCGGCAUUGAUUCUGCUGCUCCUGACCGUGCUUUCCUUCAAUAUCACUGGGCAUCUCUGGGGUUCCAAAGGGAAACUCGCCCCUAUGAGGAUUUCCAAAGGUGUUGUAGAUUCACUGUACGAUGACAUCAGAAUACUCUGCAUGAUACCCUACAACUACAACCAUCCCAGCACAGCAAAAUAUGUGAAGCGAACGUGGGGCAGACACUGCAAUGUCCUGCUCUUCGUCAGUGGCGACAUCGACGAUGAACUGGAGCCCUAUGUGCCAGGAAUCAAUGAAACAGACAAUUGGACUUUGGUGCAUCGGGGCUUGCUGCACGCCUUUGAGGCUUACAAAGACGAGGCCAACUGGUUCCUUAAAGUGGAAGACUCUAGCUUUGUGGUUCUGGAGAACCUGCGCUACAUGAUACACAGCAAGAAAUUCGUACCAACUACGCCGAUCUACUUUGGCCAUGAACUGGAAAAUGUGUACGCACACAAGCCCUUUGUCUUUAGCCGAAGUGGUUAUGUGAUUAGCCAUGAGGCCCUAAGACGGUAUGUGGACCUGGGCAGAGAUCCAAAGGACGACCACUGCCAGCACUUGGAGGGCUUUACGGAGGAGCUGGAGCUGAGUCGGUGUCUAAGUCAUGUGGGUGUGACCGUUGUCGACAGCCGUGAUGAGGACGGAAACGAGACCUUCAUGCCCGUUCCAAUGAGUCACCAUUUCUUGGAGGGCUACGAUAACAUAAGCUGGCUCAAGAACUUGACAUACCAUAAGGUGGACAAGGCAACAGUCCCCUUGUCGAAGCGCGCCAUAACUUUUCGUGUUGGAUAUCCACCUGAAAUGUACGAUUAUUAUUACUUUGUUUAUCGAUUGCAAUUGUUCGGUCUUCCUAUGCAAAGCUCCCCUGAGUCCUCUAAUCAAUAAAAGCGCGUCUUUGGCAGCUGGA